AUGAAAGGCAUAUUGUCUCGUUAAUCCAGCUUAUCAAAUAUCAAUCAUAAUGUAAAUUAAGCAUUAGGAAUAUCAUCUCAAUAUGAUUUUGAAAAAGGCAUCCUUGUUAAUGUACCUGUUGAUUUGCCAGAAGUCAAGAAAAAUAGUCAUUAAAAAUUGCCUAGAUUAAUGAGAAAAGAUUAGAAACUCUAGAAAUUUUUCGUACUUAAUCCUAAACAAUAAAUCAAAUCUAAUGAUAGAAGUAAAACCAAAAGAUUAAUUCCCUAUUAACUUAUUAAAGUAGAACAUCCUCCAAUAGGCUAUUAUAAACUUAAUGAAAGUUCUCUAGUAAAUAAAUCUGUUGUAGAUAUGAGUAAAUAACCUACUGCUCGAAUACCUAUAAGAAAAUACAAAAGUAAAAGUAUUGAUUAAGAACCUUAAAUCCCUCUACCAUAAUUAUUGGAUGAGCCAAAAAAAAUUCAAAAACCUCGAAUUACAGAACUGUCUAAUCUUAAAUUAUAAGAAUGGAUAUAAAAAGAAUUAGAAUAAUUAAAAGAUGCUAAAAAAUUAUAAUAAACAACUUAUAAAGGAUUUAUGGCAAAUGAGAAAGAAAAGAGCGAUAAUUUUCAGAGACUAUUUGAAUUAACUUCUCUAAAAUUAAAAAAUUCAUAUGUAAAAUAUUUUUUCUGA